CUCUAUAUAUAUAUAUAUAUGGAUGUAGGACUUUAAUUCUGCAUUCCUUGUGUUGUGGGAAUUGUAUGCAAUUGCCAAUACUUUAAGUUGAUUGUUUCCACCUUGCGGAUUAAUUAAUUAAUUAUUUUUUAUUUUAAUAAUUGGCGAAAAUCACUUAUCAGAUUAGUACCUGUGGAAGUUGGUCUCCCCACCCCUUGCCCCCUUAAUUCAACUCUCACUAUGGAGAGUUGAAUUGAUGACCUCCCUUUAGGGACUAAAUGCUUAGAAAAGUCAAUGGUGGCAUUUAAUAUGAUGACUCUUCCUUUACGGAUUUGAUAAGUUGUUAAUGUGAUGGAAAAAAUGACUCUCUCUUAAUCUAAAGAACAUUUAAUAAAAUGAUUUAGAGAUGAAUUUUUAAUACUUUUUUUUUUAUUUUAUAAAAUUUAAAUUUAAUAAAAAAUAAAAGAAAACAUGAAGACAGGAAAUGUUGUAGAUAGAAGCUCUUAUGUUCCUUAAGUGAAUUCUAGCAUCUUGUCCUGAUGGGCCGUAACACAAAGCAAAAUAAUUGUUCAACUCAUUUGGGUCACCCAAAGGGCUAGUCUUUCGGAUCGAAAGGUAUUGUUCAUUUUUACCAGCUCACUACGUGUCUUAUUUUGAUAAUUUGAAUUAUAAUUUUUGUAGUGUUCUAAAUUUUCAACAGAAAACUAUUAACUGUUUGUAGUGCAAAUUAGUUUGAUUUGAAGAUUAGUUAGGCAAGGAUGGUGAGAAAGUGAAGGAUUAUACUAACUGAUAGACAUAAUUGAAAUGCUAUAAUAGGUUAUUGUUGUUGCUACACAAUCAUAUUAGAAUCUAUGCAAUUGGCUUUGGCACUUAGAGAUUGAUUUGUAUUUAAAUUGUUUGUUAUGACAUGCUACCCGUCUGCCAUUUACUUUUUUAUUCGUUUAAUUGUGACAUGCUAAAUCUUGUUGUCAAGAUUUCAUAGUAGCAGAGGACCUGUAGUUCGAACACUCCGAAGGACUUCAUUCUGACAUGGAAAAGAUAGAUGGUGUUGAGUCACUGAACAAUGUUUUGCUGAUUGGAAUGAUCAACAUGAAGGAUUUGCUUGAUGAAGCACUUUUGAGGCUUGGACAUUUGGAAGUCCAAGUGGAGAUAAGCCUUCCUGAUGAGCAUGGUUGCUUACAAAUUCUUCAAAUUCAUACAAAUAAGAUGAAAGAAAAUUCUUUUCUUGCUUUGGAUGUGAACUUGCAGGAGCAUGGUAUGUGAGUUCUGUAUUUUGUUAGUUAUUGUUAUUGCCAUGAUAGAUCAUCCAAUGAUUGGUUCUGCAUUUUGUUAGUUAUUGUUGUUGCCAUGAUAGAUCAUCCAAUGAUUGUUAUCCUUUUCCACUUUAAUUGUCUUUUCUCAAACUGGAAUGAUACUAUAUCCAAGCAUUGUUAGUUAAGAUUUUAUGAGCAUCUGUUCUAAGAUUUUUUGUGGUUGGAAGUGUAUAGUGAAUACAAUUAUUUAUUGGAGAAGCAAAGUAAAGAAAAAUUAAGGGAAAAAUAUUCAAAAACCAAUAUUAACUCAUUUUAAGCCUUGUUAUAUUAUAUUAAUUUUUUGAAUAUACACAAGUGUGUUAUAUAAUAUUUAAUAUUUUAUACAAGUAUCAAACUUUGAAUGGUGUUUCUGAGGCCAUGUUGCAAAUGAGAUAUCAAGUAUUCUUUCUUUGAUGAACCAUUUAUAGGUGUCUCAACAUGCAUUUUUACAUAUUUCCUUUUGUGAUUGAACUUUAUUUUUGUUAUUAUUUUUCUCACAUGUUCUAAUAUCCUGAAUGAAAUGACACUGACAGACAUUAAUAAGUAGGGAUAGUUUUAUAUCCAAUCUAAUGAUUCAAGUGUCUUUUGCAAACAAUUAAUGAGAAUGUUGUUAAAAAGAAUACUUUCUAUUCACAUUGGGCUUUGAUAUUGGUUUAGUCACAGAAUUUGGAUAGAUGUUGCAUACAAAUAGAGGACUGUUACAUUAGCUUUAUGCUAGUAAUGACAGAUUUGCUAAUGAUCAUUCUGCAUUUAACAAUGUUCCUUAUAACAAAAGACUUUAGAAAGACUGAUAAUUGGUUCAUCAUGGAAGGUUGCUUCUUUGAAAUGUUAUUUGUCACUUGUUGCCAAAUUCAUUCAUGAAGUUGGACACUUUUGCAUUUCUGUUAGUGUUGUAGAACAGGAAUGGUCAUUAAACCGCUGUUUGUAAUUGCUAAAAAAGAAGAAGGAAUAAAUAAGAAAAAAGAAACUAGAGUAAGUGAUUAGCACGUGUAGGUUGGGAGUGGUCAUUAAACCGCUGCUUGUGACAACAAAUAGGACCUGUUGCAAACCAGCCCCCGACCACUAAAUGCAUGUCACGGAAAGCUUCCUCGUGACAAAUAGGACCUGUUGAAAUAGACUGAAUGUAAUUAGCACGUAUAAGUUGGGAGUUGGAGCCGAAAAUGCCUUAAACUUAGUCGAAAAAUGGCGUUUGGAGAGAGAAAAAUGAAAACCAGCCCUUGACCACUAAAUGCAUGUCACGGAAAGAUUUCGCGUAACAAAUAGGACCUGUUGCAAUAGACAGAAUGUAAUUAGCGCGCGUAGGUUGGGAGUUAGAGCCGAAAGCACCUUAAACUUAGUCCAAAAAGAGCGUUUGGAGGGCAAAAAAUGUAAACCAGCCCCCGACCACUAAAUGCAUGUCAUGGAAAGCUUCCUCAUGACAAAUAGGACCUUUUUCAACAGACCGAAUGUAAUUAGCAUGCGUAGGUUGGGAGUUAGAGCCGAAAAUGCCUUAAACUUAAUCGAAAAAGGGCGUUUGGAGGGUGAAAAAUGCAAACCAGCCCCCAACCACUAAAUGCAUGUCACAAAAAGCUUCCUCGUGAAAAAUGGGACCUGUUGCAAUAGACGGAAUGUAAUUAGCACAUGUAGAUUGAGAGUUAGAGCUGAAAAUGCCUUAAACUUAGUUGAAAAAGAGCGUUCAAGGGGCGAAAAAUGCAAACUAGCCCCUGACCACUAAAUGCAUGUCACGAAAAGCUUCCUUGUGACAAAUAAGACCUAUUUCAAUAGAUAGAAUGUAAUUAGCAUGCGUAAGUUGAGAGUUAGAGCCGAAAAUGCCUUAAAUUUGGUCAAAAAAGGGCGUCUGGAGGUCGAAAAAUGCAAGCCAGCCCCUGACCACUAAAUACAUGUCACGAAAAGCUUCCUUGUGACAAAUAGGACCUAUUGCAAUAGACAAAAUGUAAUUAGCAUGCGUAGGUUGGGAGUUAGAGCCGAAAAUGCCAAAAACU